UCUUUUCGUUGGGAUCCCUCAGCGUUAAGAUGUCUCCGGAGGGCUGGGCAUGGCUUGUAUGCGGGCGCCGACUGUUUGUUUGGAAAUAUAAACAAAACGACAUGAGAAGAAGUUGUUGCUGUUAUGAACUCCAAUUACCACCGAGUGAUUUGGCACAUAAAGCAGAUCUCGUUUGUGUUUUAGACAACAGUCAAAACUCGCAAUCAGUUCCCUCUACCAUAGCUGUCACUCCCGAAGGAAUUGUUAGGUUUUGGCCAAACAUUGCAUACGAAGGCCACUCAAUUGAGUCCAUAGCUAGCGAUCUUCAGGGCCAGGAAUGUGCAUCGCUUACAGAUAUCCAGCCCUAUGGCUGCAUAUUAGGCACGACUACGAGCUCUUUAGUUCACAUAACAGUGAAUAACAUUGAGGGCCAAAACACAAUCAUUUGCCGAACACUGAAAGCACCGCAAGGAGUGUUGGCUGGCUUUGGCCGUAGAGUCACAUCCCUGUUGUUCGGCUCAAUGCCUGCCACCCAGUCGUCUGAAUCGAAACAGCUGUUUAAAGUGGUUCGCAGCCAUUCAUCAAACCUCUCGGAUGAGCUCUAUAUAUGGGUUCUCUCGAGUGUUUCCGCUCAAAAGUGGCUAAUAAUUGAUGAACACUCUGAACGACUAAUUGAAGACAUGGAUUUGGAAAGACCUGUGAAAGACGCCUUUCUCGACAAAGUUUGGAACCGAGAGACCACUCAUCCGAACCAAUUGAAGAUAUGGCUCAUUGACAUUGGCUUCACUAAGACUAAUGAAAUGGUUUUAUUAGUGGCCGGACUUAACGCUGAUGUCUCCAAUCAACUUUAUUAUGCUGUCCUCACAUUCAGUCACAACGAGUCCAGGCCUGAGCCCAACAUAUCGUUCAACUCAUUCACUGUAUUGCGAAACCAUACCGUCUGUUACGUGGAGGAAGAAGAGGAACAGCUUCUUAACCUACACUUACUCUCCGGAACUAUCAAUAGCCAAAUGGUUUACAUAUACAGCACAUCACAAACUAUUGAUGAGGAUAUCCUUCAAACCGACGAUAAACUAAAAGCACUUAAAAAGGCUUUUGUGUUGUUUUCUAAAGGAGAUCGAGCGCGAAGUCAGUACUUAGUGAAAGAGCUCUUCCCUCCCAUCACCACAGCUGUAGAGAGCGAUCGACUCGACGAUUCUGUAGUCGCCCUCAGCGCUGACCUAUGCGACCAAAUACCGCAUUCAGACCCUCGUUGGGCUGAGUCCGGCUCCCAAAACCAGUAUAGCAUUGAGAGUCUAACCGCUUCUGUCAUUAUUGCCAAUCAAAUUGACGAGAAGCUAAAGAGUCACCGAAUUCUUAUAGAAUUCCUCAAAACAUGUAAUCUUUGGGAACGACUGUCUUCUGUGACAGUGAAGGGCUCGACAACAGUUCAAACAAAACUUAUGCUCAGCGAACACAUCGAGAAACUGAUUGCUUGUCUCACUUUGAGACGACUUCAUAACGAAUACAACAACAUAUUGGAAACGGCUAUCAAAAUAGUAUUAUCACAAAGGAAUGACACUUUGCAGACACGACUUACACCACAAGAUAUCUUCUAUAGGCAAACCACUCGAGUCGAAGAACUCAUUACUGCACUCAUUGAGUACGAGAGCCAACAGAUCGACAGCAAUGCCGGCUCUUCCAGAGAUCUACUCAAUUGUCUGCUUUCAGUCAAGGUCUGUCAUUUCCGUCAAACCCAGGGCUCACUUUAUGAAUGGUCAGCCCUUUCAAAGUGUGAGUACAUUCCCUGGACGUCUACAGUAGGUGUGAACGGAAUGCGAACAUCACUUGUGAAACAGUUUGAGUUUUUGGUGAACUAUGGCAUCGAAUCGACAAAUACAUCAGCCGUUGAGGACGACAUUCAAUUGAAAGGCGCUAUUUGUCAGAAGAUGGUUGACUUAUCGGAUAUAAUACUCGACGGCUUUGUUUGUCAGUUGAAAUCCAUUGACAACACAAACAGAUAUCAGACGGUUGAGCGAAACUUUGAGUCGUGUCGCGCCAAAUGCAUUGAGCCCUUAAUGAGAGUCAAACAGUACGACAGGGCGGCAGCGCUCGCAGAAAAGUACGACCACUUCGACGCUCUCAUUGAGAUCUGCGAGCAAUUGAAUGACAGCGAAAGACUUCGCAGAUAUAUCGCUGACUUCGCCAACAAAGGAUUCGCUGAAUAUCUAUUCAAAUGGUAUCUCAAAGAAGGCAAACAGGGAAAGAUGUUGACCAUGAGUGCCAGUCUGCACACCCUCACCAACUUCCUCAAGAAUCACCAGCAGUUGAAUUGGUUGCAUCAGAUCCAUUUGGAUCAGUUCCCGGAGGCCUCCCAUACCCUCAGAGAACUCGCACAACACGAGCAAAACUAUUUGAGUCGUAAGAAAACACUUUUAAGUUUGAGUAAACUCUCAGCGCUGGCCGCCGGACUGCCCCCUCCUUCCGACAUAGACUCGGAACUGGAGCUUAUCCUAUACCAGGAAAACCUUUCCCCAGAAAUUAUGGCGAAAUCUAAUUUAGAUUUUAAUUCAAUGCGAGUCUUAUCUCCACGAGAAAUGAUUGAACUCUAUAUGAGUGAAACCGAUACAGAGAUGGAUGCAAUCAAUUUGAAGAAAGCGUUAGACUUAACCGAAUAUAUCGUCGAUUCCACUGAAAGCAGAGAAAUUGUUACAAACAUUCUGUGCAGUGCUAUCAGUAGAGAC